UGGCUCGGAUUGGAUAUGCAAAACAGCUGUUUUAUUGAGGUUAGCGCCAAUAUAAAAUAAUAACCCAAGCUUCAAACAAAGAGAUGAAACCCUUUUAAAUGAAAAUUCUUGCUCUCCUCUAUUUGCAAUUAGCUUGUGUAGAUUCACUCAACCCUGUUUAGAGCGAUGCGUUUCAGGAUGAGAAUAGGAGCUUUCCUGCAGCUGCUUCUAGUAGGUCUGGUGGUUGUGGAGAAAUGCACGGCCAAACAGAAGUCGAAAUCGGUGACUACACUGCUGGAAGCAAAAUGGUCUCGCACUCCAUUGGUUUUAGAGGUUUCCGAGUUCCUAGCUGACGAAAAUCCCGAUCUCUACUGGAGUUUCAUAGACUCGAUAUCGCUGCAAAGUCCUGCGCUAAAUCAAAUAGAGAAUGAAAGAAAAAGGUACAACGUCCUACUGGAGCAUGCUGCCAGACUGUUGUCGCCUUCCCAACUGGCCGUGUUAAAGCUGAGCUUGUCUCUGCACAUUUACUCGCCCAAGGUGCAGAUGUUUCAGCAAAUUUCCACUGAACUUAGCUUGCCUAAGUGCCAGUGUGUAGCUGACGUGGGCGGCCAAUUCAGCUGUGACUUAAAAGAGAUAGAGAAGCUAAUUGAGCAGCCGAGCAACGUCGUUUCGAAUGCCGAGCUUUUCAACGUGGAUACUCAUUAUCCAGGAUCAGAAAAUCGCUCCUUAGUGGCUGUUCUCUAUGGCGAGCUGGGAACGCAAUGUUUCAGCCAUUUCCACGCUCUGCUCAAGACCCAGGCCGUCAAAGGGGGCAUAGACUACGUUAUUAGGCAUUACCACCAAGGGAAAUCUGAGCCAAGGCUGCGCCUCUCAGGCUAUGGGGUCGAGCUGCAAAUGAAAUCGACGGAGUACAAAUCGCAAGAUGACAGCGAAGUCCAAGACAGUGAAGGCUCAGCCGAAGCUUCGCAGGAAGAUGAAGAACUGGAAAUCGAUGGCUUCGACUUUGCGAAACUAAAGCAACUGUUUCCGGAUCUCAGGAACAAUCUGGACAAGUUCAAGCAGCAUCUAGAAGACUCGUCAAAUGAACUGGCUGCAUUGAAAGUGUGGGAGUUUCAAGAACUGAGCCUCCAGGCAGCUGAGCGAAUUAUGAACGCCCCUAAGGAUGAGGCCCUCAAAGUGUUUACUAACAUUGCACAGAAUUUUCCUAUGCAAGCAAAAGCUCUAGUAAAAACUGUCGUCAACCCUGACCUGAAAAUGGAGAUGAAAAUCAAUGCCGAUAUCUUCGGCUCGACCCUCAAUCUCCAGCCCUCCGAUACCGCCCUGUUUAUCAACGGCAUGUUCUACGAUAUCGAUGUGAUCGACAUUUACUCAAUCUUAGACAUUUUGAGGCAGGAACUGAAGACCAUGGAAGGAUUGCAUGCUUUGGGUCUGAGCAAUGGGAAGCUGCGUGCUGUUCUUCACUUGGAUUUCAGCGAAAGUAGCGGCUCGCCGGAGUUUGCCAUCGAUAUCCGCGAUUCUGCUAUCAACUGGCUCAAUGACAUCGAGCAGGACACGAAGUUCCGCUACUGGGCAACCAGCCUGAUGGACCUGCUGCGCCCAACUUUCCCUGGCAUGCUCAGACAGAUUCGAAAAAACUUGUACAAUCUGGUGCUGAUAAUCGACCCAACCGACACCAGCCUACGGCCGCUGCUAAAAAUCGUCGAAUCCUUCGUUGUGCAUGCGACGCCCAUUCGAACUGGACUGGUAUUCAGAGUGAAUUCUUCCAAGUCUGUGUCAGGACUUGAUGAUGCCGGCGUUGCAAUGCUGUGCGCCUUCAAUUACGUGCAACAAUCCAAAGGCCCCAUAGCGGCUUUCAGCUUCUUGCGAAGCAUGCUCGGCUCGACAGAACGACCACAGGUCUCAGUGGAGGACGUUAAGAGAGAGCUGAGCGCUCAGUUCAGCGAAGACCCCGCCGAUAUUUUGGACGAGGAUUCCGAUUACAUUUUCGGCAGGCAGUUGUCCAGCGAUUUCAUCGACAGGACCGGCUUAAACCUAUUUCCGCAGGCUCUACUGAACGGGAUUCCGCUGCCGCAAGCAAAGAUUACCGCUGAGGACUUUGAAGAGGUGGUGCUUCAAGAAGUGAUGUCCCAAACCGUUAAUUUCCAAAAAGCUGUAUACAAAGGUAAACUGACCGAUAGCAUGGAAGUUAUUGAUUACCUCAUGGACCAGCCCAACGUGAUGCCCCGGCUAAAUGACCGGGUUUUAAACCGGGAGCGAUCCUUCUACUUGGACAUGUCGGGUAAAGCUACCAGCACCCACAAACUAGAGGAACUGCUCCAGUUGAGCCGCCAAGACAUGACCGCUACCGCAAUCGACAACUUGCGGUACUUCACAGUACCCAAAAGGGGCAACCAAUACCGUUCGUUAACUUACUGGGUUGUGGGGGAUUUGGAUUGUCCGAAAGGACGGAAACUGCUGCUGGACGCCUUAGAGCACUUGAAAUCCGAAAGCGACAUCAGAGUCAGCUUCCUGCCGAACGUGAAUGGCAACAAGGCAAACAUCUUCAACAAAGUGGUGUUGGCGGCUCUGGAGACGUUGUCUUCUGGAGCGGCGCUUUCCUUAGUUUUGUCGCUUCUGCGGUCCGAGGACACGCCGGAACAGCUACAAAGCGGACACAAAUUGAACAUUCCGUCGGAGGUUUGGUCGAAAGUGUCCGCUCAGGAGCUGAAUUUGAAGAUGUUGCGCGUCUACUCGCAGAGAGUGCUCGAUUUGAAAGAGGAGCAAAGAGCCAUCGUGGCUAAUGGACGCGUCUUAGGGCCUCUGGAUGAUGGCGAACUGUUCACGAACGAGGACUUUUCGCUUUUGGAGCGAUUUACUAGUGCAAGCUAUUUGGAUAAAAUCAGCAAGGCCUUUGAAGGCACAUUAGACGAGGACGAUGACGAUAAACCGAUUACCAGCGACACCAUUCUGAAACUGGAGCCUCUACUGCUGUCGAAAACUGCCAGCAAAUCGCGCUUUGACAUCACCUACGGCUCCGAUGAAUAUUCGGCUGUGAAAAUUCCAGCCCGCCGUCCAGACUUAGUCGCCUUUGAUCUGGUCGCGGUCGUCGACCCCGUCUCAAGAGGCGCUCAGAAACUUGGGCCCAUUUUGCAGGUGUUGCAUGAGUUGCUCAACUGUAACAUCAAACUGUUCUUGAAUAGUGUGGAAAAGAACAGCGAUAUGCCGGUUAAAAGCUUCUACCGCUUCGUUCUGGAGCCGGAAAUUCAAUUUUCUGAGGACGGAAAGCAACUUCCGGGACCCAUCGCCCGAUUCAACAACAUGCCAACCUCCCCUCUGUUGACUCAAAACUACCACGUGCCGGAAAACUGGCUGGUCGAAGUGGUUCGCUCGGUCUACGAUCUGGAUAACAUCCGUUUGGAGAAUGUGGAAAGCAACGUGCACAGCGAGUACGAGCUGGAGUAUUUGCUGCUGGAGGGGCACUGCUUCGAGCAGAGCUCUGGAAGCCCCCCCAGAGGGCUGCAAAUCACCUUGGGGACUGUGCGCGAGCCCGUGAUUGUCGACACCAUCGUAAUGGCCAAUUUGGGCUAUUUCCAGUUGAAAGCCAACCCUGGCAGCUGGCUGCUUAAGCUGCGCCAGGGCCGGAGUGCUGAUAUUUACGAUAUCGUCAGUCAUGAUGGGCAUGACAUGCCCCCAAACUCCACAGACAUCAAGGUGUUGAUUAGCCAGCUGCGCUCCAAUAUCGUCAAGCUAAGAGUGCAGAAAAAGCCCGAUAAAUUCCACAUGGAUUUGCUGUCUGAUGACGAUGAACAUGGAGGAAUUUGGAAUUCCAUCACCAGUUCAUUCGCUUCGAAAGAAGAGGAAAGUGAGGAAAAAUUGAACAUCUUCUCCGUGGCAUCGGGACACUUGUACGAGCGAUUCCUCAAAAUCAUGAUGCUCUCGGUGCUCAAACAGACCAAAACGCCUGUCAAGUUUUGGUUCCUCAAGAACUAUUUGUCGCCUCAGAUUAAGGACUUUUUGCCCUACAUGGCCAAAGAAUACGGGUUCGAGUACGAGCUGGUUCAGUACAAAUGGCCCAGAUGGCUGACGCCCCAAACUGAAAAACAGCGCAUCAUUUGGGGCUACAAAAUUCUUUUCCUAGACGUUCUCUUUCCGCUGGAUGUGAAGAAAAUUAUCUUUGUCGACGCCGACCAAGUCGUCAGAACCGACCUGAAGGAGCUUCGAGACUUUGAUUUGAAUGGAGCCCCGUAUGGAUACACCCCUUUUUGCGACUCCCGAAGGGAAAUGGAUGGGUUCCGGUUCUGGAAACAGGGAUACUGGCGCAACCAUCUACAAGGAAGGAAAUACCAUAUUUCGGCUCUGUACGUGGUGGAUUUGAAGAAAUUCAGAAGAAUAGCAGCUGGCGACCGACUUCGUGGCCAAUACCAGGCCCUCAGCCAGGACCCCAACAGUUUAUCCAAUCUGGAUCAAGACCUGCCCAAUAACAUGAUCCAUCAGGUGGCUAUCAAAUCACUUCCAGCCGAAUGGUUGUGGUGUGAGACUUGGUGCGACGAUGCGUCCAAAGCCAAAGCGAAAACCAUCGAUUUGUGCAACAAUCCUCUAACCAAAGAAGCCAAGUUGUCGGCUGCCAUGCGAAUCCUGCCGGAAUGGAAAGGUUACGACGACGAAGUCCGGGAGCUGCAGAAGAAAAUCGACUCGGGAGUGUUGGAUGAAGAUCCAGCGGCGGACAGUGGAAGCGCAGGUCGCGUUCCAGAUACGACUGAUAGACACACAGAGCUCUAGGGCUGGUCGAGGUUGGGGUAAUGUAAAUUUCUUAUGUACAGUCCUUGCAAGCUAGAGUAAGUGCUGUAAACUGUCGAUAAGUUGUAAGAUUCACAUUUUGAAACUUAAGCGAUAUUUUUUGAAAAAAUACAUCAAUUCAUUACGUAA